CUGAUUAUUAUGUUCAACAUUUCUCUAGAGACAUCUCCGAAGAGAAGGAUGUCAGAUGCAGAGGAAGGCCCACUGGAGGAAACAGAAGAAUAUGGAGAAAUAGAAAGGGAAGAAGGAGAAGAUGAAGAAGAAGAAGAAGAAAAAUAUCCAAAUGAUGAAGGGCUAGAAAAUAUUCAACAGGAAUUAAAAGAAGAUAACACGUUAGCAUGGAGAGGGUCUCAGGAGGAGGGGGAGGAGGAGGAAGAAGGGGAAGGGGAGGAGAGAGUGGGGGAGCAAGAGGAGGAAGAGGAAAGGGAGGGAGAGGAAGAGGGGGAAGAACUUGGGAAGGAGGAGGAGGCUGCAGGAGCACAGGAAGAAACCACAGUGAAGCCCCAAGAAAUCACCAAGUCCGUGAUCAGUUUGGAGAGACUUAUACCAACUGAUUCCCAAUCAGUCUUGUCAGGAACACGCCCAAAAACCUAUAGCGGUAGAGAGUCAAAGCAUUCAUUACAAUCAGAGCUUUUGGAAACACUCGAACUUCCAAGAAGCACGGCCUCACAAUUAGAGUGUCUUGAUUUGGAUCUAACCACUUCUGCGGAACAACAGCUUAGUUCCCCUGAAAAGCAGCCUUCAGGCGAGCUUGCAGAGAGAACCGACCAGAGGCCCCAAGAUGAAUUGGGACAAGAAAGGAGAGACUUGGAACCAGAAAGGGGAGACUUGGAGCCAGAAAAGAGAGAAGGGAGAAAAGAAAAAAGAGUAUUAUACGUAAAUGAGAAAAAAGAAAAAGAAUUCCAGCCCAAAGCAAGGAUCCCUAAGGUGUCACUGGUCUCCACGGCCACCGAGGACAGUUUGUUCCAAAAGGAUGACAGUGCCAACGUGUAUCCCUUGGCCAUGACCUGGUCGUUCGGAUGGAACAGUUCCCUUCCUGUUUACUACAUUCAAGACAAAAACCAGAGAGUUCUUCUGUAUGCCAGCGCUCACACUGCUGUCAUCUACAAUGUCUUCAAGAAUAACCAGCACCAUCUUCAGGCGCACCCCAACGUCAUCUCCUGCCUCUGCGUCAGCGAAGACAGGCGCUGGGUCGCCACGGCCGACAAAGGGCCCGACUGCCUGAUAAUCAUAUGGGACUGCUUCACGGGCAUUCCUGUGCACACGAUAUUCAACAGCUGCCCAGAAGGGGGCGGCAUCAGGGCCAUGGCCAUCACCCGCGACGCCAAGUACCUGGCGACCAUCUCAGACGCUGAGAUCCAGAAAGUUUGCAUCUGGAGGUGGACUUUAGCAGUGGAAACACCGGCCUGCACUAUUAACCUUCCCAAAGAGUAUGGCUUUCAGAGCUACCUUACUUUUAAUCCAACAAAUAAUAAAGAAUUGGUGAGCAAUAGUAAAACACAAGCAAUAUAUUAUAUGUGGUAUGAAGAGGGAGAUACCCUUGUUCACAGUGCCCCACUUUUAACAGAAAAAACAUUCAACAAGCUCGUGGGAAAAUUUAGCCAGUCAGUCUUUCAUUUGAAUUUAACCCAAAUACUGUCGGCGACGAUGGAAGGGAAGCUGGUCGUCUGGGACAUUUACCGCCCGCCGCCGUCUGCCUCGGCCUCUUUGGGCUCUGCCCACAUCACGCCUUGUAAACUGCUUCAUCUGCAGGACGCCGGUGUCACUGUGCUCACUACGGUCGACAGCUAUAUUGUCACAGGUGACAUUCGGGGUAACAUCAAGUUCUACGAUCACACCCUGUCCAUUGUGAACUGGUACAGCCACUUCAAACUGAGCUCCAUAAGAAGCCUGUCCUUCUCAAAGACCCCGGCAACUCCUCCGACCGAAAAUACAAACUACCCUCCAGGCUGCACUUUAAAAGGUGACCUUUUUAUGGGAAGGAAUUUUAUCAUUGGAACGUCGGAUGCGUCAGUGUACCACUUAACAGCAGAUGGGACCAAACUUGAGAAGUUAUUUGUGGAGCCCAAGGAUGCCAUUUGUGCCAUCUCCUGCCACCCGUACCAGCCCCUCAUUGCCAUCGGGAGUUUCUGUGGGAUGAUCAAAGUGUGGGAUUAUGAACAGAAAAAAUACCUCUUCAGCAGGAUCUUUGAGAAGGGGCUUGGGGUCCAGAGUCUGACCUACAACCCCGAAGGAGCUCUCCUCGGAGCUGGCUUCACAGAAGGGACCGUUUACAUUCUUGAUGCAAUGUCCUUAGAAAGUGAAAUCCCAGAGCCUUUCAAAUAUUCCAGAACCAGUGUGACUCACGUCAGCUUCUCCCACGACUCCCAGUAUAUGGCGACCGCUGAUGUAAGUUUCACCGUGGCCGUUUACGUGGUGAGAGUCAGAAAUGGACGCAGGGUCUGGGAGUAUUUGGCAAGACUUCGUUCUCAUCGCAAGAGCAUCCGAAGUGUCCUGUUCGGGGUUCAUCUGGACAGCAAUGAGCCGAGACUGCUGAGCCUCGGGAGAGACAGACUCUUGAUCGAGUAUAAUCUACUCAAGAGCUACAAAGACCACCUGGAAGUCCUGGACAUUCACCGAACCGACCAGGGCAACUACCCCACCUGUAUGGUCUGGUACCCGCCACUUACCAAGGAGCUCUUCCUGCUCAUUUGCAACAGUGGCUACAAAGUGAAGCUUUUUAAUUCAACCACAAAAAUGUGCAGAAAGACACUCCUCGGGCCAGUUUACGGAUCUCCCGUUGAGCGGAUACAAAUCCUCCCGGUGAAAACGCCUCUGGAACUUCAGAAACGCUACGCGGUGUUUACUAACAGGGACAAGGUUGGACUUCAGAUCUUACCAGUUGAUGGCAACCCACAUAAGACAUCUGCUCUUAUAUGCCACCCCAGCGGGGUGGCUGGAAUGGACGUUUCCUAUGACGGCCGCUACACCUUCACAGCAGGAGGGCAGGAUCGGUCGGUGGUGCAGUGGACAAUCAAUUUAAGUGCCCUGGAGGCAGCAGUUUCUCUUGGGGGCGAAGACCUGACCCCGUUCUAUGGUCUGGUGUCUGGUGGCAGGGAAGGAAAAUUCUACAGGGAGCUGGAAGACUAUUUUUACUAUUCUCAGCUCCGUAGUCAAGGUAUUGAUACAAUGGAGACCAGAAAGGUGUCGGAACACAUCUGCCUGUCAGAGCUUCCUUUUGUCAUGAGAGCCAUUGGCUUUUACCCAUCGGAAGAGGAGAUUGAAGAUAUGUUUAACGAAAUCAGAUUUAGUGAGUAUGUGGACACUGGAAAACUAAUUGACAAAAUCAACCUACCGGAUUUCUUCAAAGUUUACCUUAACCACAGGCCACCCUUUGGGAACACAGUGAGUGGUGUCCAGCGGAGCUUUGACAUUCUUGGUUUUACCAAUUCAAAGGGAAAGAAAGCUAUUCGAAGAGAGGAUUUUCUGAAACUGCUUCAAACCAAAGGUGAGCACAUGACAGAAGAGGAGGUGGCUGCCAGCUUCGCUGCACUGUUCGGACUGAACCCUGAGGGCUGGAAAUCUGAGCCCGCAGCCUCUUCUGUCAAAGGUUCAGAAAUUUGCUUUGAAGAAGAACUUCCAGACGAAAUCACUGCAGAAAUAUUCACGACUCAAAUUCUUGGCCUAACCAUUUCCCAAGCUUCUGGACAAGAUCCUACGGUCAGUGAAGUUGAAAGGAGAGCCUGA